AUGGUUACAUCAUAUAAUUUAGACAUUUCCACUGCAUCCGUAUUUGCAUUCCUCAAACUGCUAUUUCGUUGGAAGGCCAGUAUAUGGAAAAUUGUCUUGAAAGAAUUAUUUAUUUGGACAAUUUUAUAUUUACUUGUCACUUGCUACUAUAAAUCGGGAUGGUUCAUGAGUCAACAAGUAAAAAGCGUAUUUGAACGAACUGCAAUAUACUUCGGGAAAUAUUUGAAUCGUAGUAACCUCAUAUUUAUCUUGGGCUUUUUCGUCUCGUCUGUCGCCACUCGAUGGAAUGUUUUACUCCAAAAUAUAGGUUUCAUAGAAAGUUUGGCGCUAUUCGUCAGUAGCUGCGUGCAGGGUGACGAUGAAGAAUCUCGAAUGUGUCGUCGAACUAUUGUACGGAAUGCUUGUUUGGCACAGUGUUUAGUACUUCGAAAUAUCAGCGUACGCAUUCGGAAGCGCUUUCCUACAAUGAGUACUUUGGUGGAAGCAGGAUUUAUGACGAAGAAAGAACUGGAAAAAUUUGAAAGUUUUGAAAUACCAUACGACAAGUACUGGCUACCAAUAACUUGGUCAAUGACGCACGUGUUGGACGCUAGAAAGAGUGGCAAAGUGAUAAAUGAUUUGGAAAUGAGCAAACUUGUCGACGAACUGAGAGCCUUCAAAAAUUGCCUACAAACACUGACAAAUUACGACUGGGUGCCUUUACCUUUGGUUUAUCCACAGGUAAUAACUAUUUCUGUUUACUUCUAUUUUAUUGUAUGCCUCUUUGCAAGACAACAUUUCCUACCAGUUGUUAAGAACGACCUCGAAUUUCACUUCGAUACUGUGUUACCUGUGAUGACGAUGGUCGAGUUUUUAUUUUAUGUGGGAUGGAUGAAAGUAGCAAUGAAUUUACUCAAUUCAUUUGGUGAAGAUGACGACGAUUUAGACUGUAGCUUUUUCAUUGACAAGAAUCUCGCUACUGGUCUAUACAUCGUCGACAUAUACCGCAAUGUCGUACCGAACUUACAUGAUAGCUUUUCGGCAUCUUUUGAAAAGUCAUGA